AUGAGUAGAGGAAGCGGCGGAGGCUAUGAUCGUCACAUCACUAUCUUCUCACCGGAAGGUCGUCUCUUUCAAGUUGAAUAUGCUUUCAAGGCCGUGAAAACUGCUGGUAUCACUUCAAUCGGUGUGCGAGGAAAGGAUUCGGUUUGCGUCGUUACUCAGAAGAAAGUUCCGGACAAGCUUUUAGAUCAAUCUAGCGUUACGCAUCUUUUCCAAAUCACCAAGUACAUUGGAUUGUUAGCCACUGGCAUUACAGCUGAUGCAAGGUCAUUGGUCCAACAAGCAAGGAAUGAAGCAGCUGAGUUUCGCUUCACUUACGGAUACGAGAUGCCUGUGGACAUUCUUGCUAAAUGGAUCGCUGACAAGUCACAGGUCUACACUCAACAUGCUUACAUGAGACCUCUUGGAGUUGUUGCUAUGGUCUUGGGCUUUGAUGAAGAGAAUGGUCCUUUACUUUACAAGUGUGACCCAGCUGGACAUUUUUACGGUCACAAGGCAACUGGUGCUGGUAUGAAGGAACAAGAAGCAGUCAAUUUCUUGGAGAAGAAGAUGAAAGAAAACCCAUCUUUCACGUAUGAUGAAACAGUGCAGACUGCUAUAUCCGCUCUGCAAUCUGUUCUUCAAGAAGACUUCAAGGCCACUGAGAUUGAGGUUGGAGUGGUGAGAGCUGAGAACCCGUUAUUCCGUGCAUUGACAACGGAGGAGAUUGAGGAGCAUUUGACAGCCAUUAGUGAACGAGACUGA